AUGGGCAGUGAUGCAGUCCUGGUUGAGUCUUUGCUACGUCGCCUCGCCACCGCGUUCAAAAUCCGUGACCUUGGCACACCAGGGUUCUUUCUGGGCAUUGAGACAGUUGCGGCAGGUGAUGGCAUGAUUCUGUCACAGCGUCGAUACAUGGUUGACUUACUAGGUCGCUCCGGGAUGACGGACUGCAAACCCCUCGCUACACAGGCUUCUGUUACUCAAGCGGUGACUCCGUCCGAUCAACUGUUUGAGAAUCCCACGCAAUAUCAUCGUGUUGUAGGUGCACUACAGUAUCUGACUAUCACCCGACCAGACCUCUCCUAUGCAGUUAACCGCCUGUGCCAGUUUAUGCACUCUCCCACUGAAGAUCACUGGGCAAUGGUGAAACGCGUGUUACAGUACAUCAAAGGUACUCUGAAUUACGGACUACGGCUAUCUCCCUCAGUCUUGAGUGCCAUACAUGCCUACUCAGACUCCGACUGGGCAGGUUGUCCGGUGGACAGGAAAAGCACUAGUGGUUAUGCUCGCACCGUAGCCCGCUCCUCUACUGAAGCAGAAUAUAAGGCGCUUGCUGAUGUCGCCGCUGAAGUCACCUGGAUUGUCUCAUUAUUGCGGGAACUUGGGUUGCACACGGGGCACCCCUCCAGCUUAUGGUGUGACAACUUAGGGGCUACCUACAUCUGCGCCAAUCCCUUAUUCCACGCCCGGACGAAGCACGUAGAGAUUGAUUACCACUUUGUUCGUGACAAGGUGGCCUCGGGGGACUUCGUGGUCAACUUUAUCUCCACCAAAGAUCAACUAGCUGAUGUCCUUACCAAGCCUUUGCCCGGACCACGGUUUACAGCUCUGCGGGACAAGCUCAAUUGGAUUGUUCUUUGUGUAUGGUUACGGAGGAACAUGCAAGAUGUUCGUGUGGAGAAUGUUAUCCUCAAAGAUAAGGAGUUGCGGAGAUAUUGUUCUCAAUGUUGCUUCAAGUGGAAUAGCAUAUUUGCUCUUGUCGGGAGCCUGGACGGUGCAUUCCAUAUUUGCUAUACCACUCUCAUUGAAUGA